AUGUCCGAUGGCUUGCGUUCGCAGGGCAACUGGUGUUGGCAGCAGGCUUUCAGAGCCCCUAUGGAGGAUCGGGGCGUGGCACUGGGGGAGCCAAGCACAACAGUGGCACAGCAAAGCCGUGGGCGUGGCUUGAAUGUUAAUGUCAUGCAGGAGACCCACGCUGCAGGUGUUUCCGCUGCUCUCGAGCAUGCUUGGAGUGUCUCAGAGGAGGAUGCUGCCGGGGCAGGUAUUGGCGCUGACGACAUCCGCAACGAUGCUGUUUCUGCAGCUAGCCCUGCCAGUCGGCUUGAUUCGAGGAGCCCUGCCGAAGAUAUUUCGCCUAGUUGCGCUUUGGCGCAGUUGGACAGUGAUAUUUCAUUAAGUGGUGCUGAUACACGCUGUGACUGGCCGAGUCAAUUUGGCUGGGGUUGGCCCGUCCAAGACAGGCAGCCAGCUAGGGAUGCAGUGCUGUCCUAUGGACCGUGGCGUUCUACAGCGGGCCGCAUCCACUACGCAUGCCGGGUGUACGCAGACGCCGUUGCUGAACCUCGACGCGCAACAGCAGACGCCUUCCUGGCGCCUGUGGAGAUGUGGCAGCGCUUGCGUCUGCCGGGCAUUCUGGAGAGAGCACUUGACGAAUCUGCAAGGCCCGUGGCCUUGGACCUGCCUUUUCACGGCUCCGGCGUUACCCUGUAUCGGACGCAAUCCUCCGGUGUCUAG